CACUACCUGGAAAUUGUCGCAACCUGAACCGACACUACACUACCUAUCUACCUGAAUUUCAUAUGCUUAAUUUCUACAUAUCUAAUCGUCUCAAACAACCGUUCCAGGAAAAAGACACCUUCAACCUCAAAAUCAAAACAUCACCCUUUUUAAUCAAUUCUCACACAGCCAAAUAUCCAUAUUCAUUCAUUCCCUUUGAUCAGGAACUGGAAAGUGCGGGGCCAACCGAAGCAUAGCCUAGCCUUUACUACUAGGUACAUACAGCGCCGGGUCUUCAUUCAUUAACAUCGGAAAUUACCAUAUCAAGCGAUUACAUUGUGAUCACUUACGACGCCAUACCUCACAACAUCAUUCAUCAUUACGCCGUUGUCGCCCUUCCAUACAAACGCGAUUCGCGAUUGGCUUUCUUAGGUGUCGCAUCGUAGCUGGAUAGCUACCGAAUCUUGGAUCGCAAUUCAGAAAUUACAAUUAAUUUGGUAUUGAACUCAGGAGAGAUCAGGUCGCCAACAUGUCGAAAGUCGUACGAAGCGUCAAGAACAUCACGAAAGGAUAUAACAAUGUGCAAAUCAAAGUUCGGAAUGCUACGAGUAAUGACCCAUGGGGUCCGGUUGGAUCUGACAUGGCUGAAAUUGCCCAACUAACCUUCAAUUCGGCGGAAACAUUUUAUCAGAUAAUGGAUAUGAUCGACAAGCGUUUGAACGACAAGGGCAAAAAUUGGAGACACGUUUUGAAGGCCUUGAAAGUGUUAGAUUACUGUCUGCACGAAGGUUCCGAGUUGGUAGUGACAUGGGCAAGAAAGAACCUCUAUAUUAUCAAGACUUUGAGAGAGUUCCAGUAUAUUGAUGAGGAUGGGAGAGAUGUUGGCCAAAAUGUUCGGGUCUCCGCCAAAGAAUUAACAUCUUUGAUCUUAGAUGAGGAUAGACUUCGAGCUGAGCGCGCUGAUCGCAAAAACUGGAAAUCUAGAGUCACUGGCCUGGAUGAGUUUUCCGAACCUUCAGAUGCACAGCCACGACGACAACGACCACACCGAGCGCAGCGCGCCGAUGAAGAGGACGCAGAAUAUAGAUUGGCUAUCGAGGCUAGUAAAUACCAAGAGGAAGAGGAUCGCAAGAAGCGCGAGGGUAGGCAAGGGGGCGGUGAACCAGACGACGAUGAUCUAGCUAAAGCUCUCAAGCUCAGUCAAGAGGAAGAAGAGUUGCGCAGACGUGAAUUAGAAGAGCAGAAUGCGCAUUCGCUCUUUGAUGAUGAUCCAAUCCAAUUAUCGCAAAACACUGGUUUCAAUGGAGGGUACCAGCAACAAGGAGCCGUCGAUUGGUCAGGAAAUCCCAUUGAUUUGCAAACACAGCCUACGGGAUAUUUGAAUCCCUACACAAAUUUCCAAAAUACGCAACCUACUGGCUAUCAACCUACUGGCUAUCAACCUGGAUUCUCCAUGCAGCAAACGGGCUUUGAUCCUUACGCAUCACAGCAGCAACAACAACAACCGUUUCAACAACAGCCCACUGGAUUUAAUCCAUAUGACCAGUUCUCGCAACAGCAACAGCAGCAACCUCAGCAGCAACAACAACAACACCUAGAGCCAAUUGCCCCCGCCGGAACAAACAACCCCUGGGCCACAAACCCGAGCCAACCACUCCAAUCCUUACAACCAAUGCCUACUGGAUCCAACAAUCCAUUUGCAUCAUCAUUUGCGCGCCCUCAAACCAGUUCCGCUGCAUCCAAACCAACCCUCGCUACUCUUCAAGAGCAAAAGACUUUGGGGCAAUACAACAAUACGUCAUCAUUCAGCAACACUCCGUCCUUCAGUCCUUCUCCUUCAUUCUCGCCACAACCACCCCAAAGAGAAGUAUCCGAACAUGAAGCUAAGCUCAAUGCGCUUCUAUCUAGCGGAGAUGGAAUGGACACUUUUGGAAAUACAGGAAACCUUAGAAUCCCAGCUCAGCAUACUGCACCGGGAACCUUUGUUAACAGUGCGGGUGCUGGCUUAGGACGUAUCCACGAACAACAAACUGGCCACAACCCAUUCCUCCAAACCCAAUUUACCGGUAUGCCACAAACCACAUAUCAAAACAAUGCUGCUGGCGCGUUCGGCAGCAGUCCAUUUGGUCGACAAGUGCCAGCCGCAACUGGGCCAGCUGGUAUGAAUGGCGGCGCAAACGGAUUUAACCAAUCGAGCAAUCCAUUCGGCCCCAGGCCUCAGCAGGGACAGAACGGACAGGGUGGAGAUUUGAUACAAUUUUAAAUGGUAGCUGGGAGGUAGAUAAGGAGUGAUAAAUGGCAUUGUUGGAAGAGCGGAAAAGGGAAAGUAUAAAGCUUUGCACUUCGAUAUGGAAAUUAUUCGGAAGCCUUGGAUUGGUUUACGCAUGGCCCUUUGCUUUAUAGGCGCGAGGUGGCUUUUCUACAUUCUUCUAUUGUUACCAUCCUUCUUUGCAAUCAAUCUUUUUUUCUUCGAAAGAUUUUUGAGUGCAUUGUGUGAUGAGAUAACUUGAUAUGCAAUUUGGGUUCGGUUUGGAUGGAAAGAAGAGGAUAAUGAUUUGGGGAUAUUGCAAGGCUUCAGCUUUAGUAGGACGGUGUAGUUAGAGUAGAUUGAGUUAUGGAGUGUGAAUAUGAGUGAUA